CAAUUUAUACUACUUCUAUAUAAUUAAGAGAUGUACAUGUUUAUACUUUUAUACAAAUUGCCUCAAUUUCCGGUAAAAAAAAAAAAAAAAAAUUUUGAAAAUGAUAUUUGAGCCCAAAAAACUGCCAGUUGGGUCUUCGGCCCGAUCGGUCAGUCAGCUUUGUGGGCCUUUGUAUCAUAGUCCGAACUCCGAAAGAGAUUGGCGAUGGCCUCGCUCUUGGAACUUUCCCAAUUCCAAAGGCGUUUUCGGCGCCAAAACCACCAAAGUUUUCUCUGAAGCUAGAGAGAGAAAGAGAGAUAGAGGAAUGGAAGUGUCGAUAUUACCAAUCUCUGCAUCACAGAGAGGGAAGCUGAUUUCUGCAGGCUACACUUCUCUCUCUUCGCUUUCAUCCGUCUCUCCCUCCGACCUAGCACGAGAUCUAAGCAUUUCGGAGAAGGAGGCGUUUGAAAUUUUGAGAGUCGUCUCAGAUAGUAGUAGAUUACACAACUCUGAUGGAAGUCAUACCACUGUUAAUGGUGCACAGACUGCCUGGGACAUGCUCCAUGAGGAGGAAUUAUCUACACGCAUCACUACAUCUUCUGCAGAUCUGGAUAACAUCUUGGGUGGAGGAAUAAAUUGCAAAGAAGUAACUGAAAUUGGUGGAGUGCCAGGCAUUGGUAAAACACAGCUGGGGAUCCAACUUGCUGUGAAUGUUCAAAUUCCUGGUGAUUUUGGUGGCCUUGGAGCCAAAGCAAUUUAUAUAGAUACAGAAGGCAGCUUUAUGGUGGAACGUGCUUUACAAAUUGCCGAGGCAUGCUUGGAGGACAUGUUGGAAUAUAGUGGUUUUCUACAGAAAAAAGUUCAAGCUUGUCAAGUCAAAAUGCAGCCCAAGGAUUUCCUAGAAAAUAUAUUCUAUUUCCGCAUCUGCAGUUACACAGAGCAAAUUGCCUUGAUAAAUUACUUAGAAAAAUUCAUCUCAGAGCAUAAAGAUGUUAAAGUUGUAAUUAUUGAUAGUGUUGCUUUCCACUUCCGUCAAGAUUUUGAAGACAUGGCUCUUAGAACUCGAUUACUCAGUGGAAUGGCCUUAAAGUUGAUGAAACUAGCGAAAAAGUUCAGUGUGGCGGUUGUUCUACUGAAUCAGGUGACGACUAAGUAUUCAGAAGGUUCAUUCAACCUGACUCUUGCACUUGGUGAUAGUUGGUCACACACCUGCACAAAUCGGGUUAUUUUGUACUGGAAUGGCAAUGAAAGAUAUGCAUAUAUUGACAAGUCCCCUUCUCUUCGAUCAGCCUCAGCACCUUAUUCUGUGACGGGCAAAGGGAUCCGAAAUUCAGCUUCAAGUAAUAAACGCAGUAAAAUAAUGUGAGUUUCCAAGUUGACGAGAGAUGGGCUACAUACUCUUCAAAUUUGUGAAGUUUCCUUAGAGGCACGUCAAAAGUCAAAUGAUGAGUAUUUCUCAUUUGCGUUUUAGUUCUCUAAGUUUUUUUAGAGAUCAGAGUGAUUGUAGUAAACAGGGAUACAUAUCAAAACAAAUAGCUGCUUCUUGAGGCCAAAGCUUUUUACAUUUUAGCAAACAUUUUAUGGUAAGUGUGGUACCAACCACUUGUUUUCGAGAAAUUAUUAGAUAAUCUUGUACCACAUGGUUUUCAAUAUGAGUUUCGAUCGGACAGGGCCACCAAGUGGUAUAUAGUCCAGGACCAUUUACUAAUUUCUCCUUGUUUUCAUGUUUA